UCAAUAGAGUUGGCAGCACUGUUUGCCCAAGACCCGUAAGAAAAAGGCAACGUAAGAAAAUUUUUCCCAUUUUCACCUGCAUUUUGGACUGACUCACAAAUAAAAUUGGUCAUGGAAAGAAGCAUGUAAUUCAUUGCUAUUGUGUCCAGAUUGUCCAGCAACCAAAACAACCAGUAUCCUCCGCAAGCAAAAGGCAAUCCACAUAAAUAGGAAUCCGAAAGCCGUUCAAUAACAAGUGGCAGUGUCCAGCAGCAGCUGGAAAAGAGCUUUAAAAUGUCAUCUUCGGCCAUAUUCGUGCUGGAUGUAAAGGGCAAGGUGUUGAUAUCGCGUAAUUAUCGUGGAGACAACAUCGACAUGGCAGUCAUUGAUAAAUUUAUGCCUCUACUUAUGGAGCGCGAAGAGGAGGGACUUGUCACGCCCAUACUCCAGACUGCGGAGACAACGUUCGCCUACAUUAAGACCAACAAUCUGUACAUUGUGUCUACCACACCGCGAAAUAAGAAUGUGAAUAUUGCCCUGGUCUUUGUAUUUUUGCACAAGAUUGCCCAAGUAUUUGUGGAGUACUUUAAAGAGCUAGAGGAGGAGUCUAUACGGGACAAUUUUGUGAUUAUCUACGAGCUGCUUGAUGAGCUCAUCGAUUUUGGCUACCCCCAGACGACGGAUUCAAAAAUUCUUCAAGAGUAUAUCACACAAGAGGGUCACAAACUAGAAUUACAGCCGCGAAUUCCCGUGGCAGUUACCAACGCCGUGUCUUGGCGCUCCGAGGGAAUAAAGUACAGGAAAAAUGAAGUUUUCCUGGAUGUCAUUGAAUCGGUUAAUCUGCUGGCCAACGCUAACGGCAAUGUGCUGCGCAGUGAGAUUGUAGGAGCUAUUAAAAUGCGAGUUUACCUGUCAGGGAUGCCGGAAUUGCGUUUGGGUCUGAACGACAAAGUGCUGUUCGAAAGCACUGGACGCGGCAAAUCCAAGUCAGUGGAGCUAGAGGAUGUCAAAUUCCAUCAAUGUGUGCGACUGUCGAGAUUUGAGAAUGACCGCACUAUUUCAUUCAUACCCCCAGACGGUGAAUUCGAGCUUAUGUCGUAUCGCCUGAACACGCAUGUGAAGCCAUUGAUUUGGAUCGAAUCAGUAAUCGAGCGUCAUGCUCAUUCCCGGGUGGAGUAUAUGAUUAAGGCAAAAUCUCAAUUUAAACGUCGUUCGACGGCCAAUAAUGUGGAAAUUGUCAUACCAGUGCCGGCUGAUGCUGAUUCACCGAAAUUUAAGACCACCAUUGGAAGCUGCAAAUAUGCUCCGGAGCAAAAUGCAAUUAUUUGGACCAUUAAAUCCUUUCCCGGUGGCAAGGAGUAUCUAAUGCGUGCACAUUUCGGUUUGCCCAGCGUUGAGAGCGAGGAUAAUACGGAAGGUAAACCACCGAUUCAGGUACGCUUCGAAAUACCAUAUUUCACGACAUCGGGUAUCCAGGUGCGCUAUCUCAAGAUUAUCGAAAAAAGUGGAUACCAAGCGCUUCCCUGGGUGCGCUACAUCACGCAAAACGGUGACUAUCAGUUGCGCACCAACUGAGAGAUGCGAGAUAAGAUAUAAGGUGAAAUCAAAGAAAAUAUAAUAUAGAAGUGGUAACGUAGACAAGUGAGAUAGCCCCAAACCGCCUACGCACAUCAUUCCAGCCAAGCUUCAGCGAACGAUCCUUGUUUUAGUAUGUUUUUUUUAGGAAUAACUUCAGAGUCAAGUUCAGAGGUCCUUUACGGACUAUGACACAUAGUGCACGCCCUUGAGUUGAGUUAAGUCAAAAGUAUAUAAUUAUAUAUUUGUAUUUGUAUUGUUUUUUCCCCCAUUAUCCAUUAUUCUAUGUAAAUCAAAAAAAAGCAAAUAAAUUUUACCAAUUUUCAGCAAA